CUCUCAUCUGUUUCAACACAAAUCACUCCUCAAAAGCCUCUUGCCGCACACACACACACCAAAACCCUAAUUCCCAUCGUCUCCGAACUCCUCACAGCUCAAUCACCAGCCAUGGUGGUGGAUCGCCCGGGCAAGCUACGAUGGGGAGAGUUAGAAGAAGACGACGGCGAGGACUUCAACUUCCUUCUCCCACCGAAGCAUGUCAUCGGACCCGACGAGAAUGGAAUAAAAAGAGUGAUAGAGUACAAAUUCAACGAUGAGGGCAACAAAGUCAAGAUUACCACCAUCACCCGGGUCCGAAAGCUCGCCAAGGCCCGGCUUAGCAAACGGGCCAUCGAGCGUCGGGCAUGGCCGAAAUUCGGCGAUGCGGUCCAUGAGGAUGUUGGGAGUAGGCUCACCAUGGUUUCCACUGAGGAGAUCUUGAUUGAAAGACCUAGGGCCCCUGGUUCAAAACCAGAAGAAAGCAAAGUAGCUGGAGAUUCCUUGGCUCAGCUUAGCAAAGGAGGUGCUGUUCUCAUGGUUUGCCGAACUUGUGGCAAGAAAGGUGACCACUGGUCAGCUAGAUGCCCUUAUAAGGAUCUUGCCCAACCAACUGAAUCCUUCAUUGAUAAACCUCCUACCUCCGAGACAAACAUGGCUUCUGGCACCACCAAGGGGGCAUAUGUCCCUCCAAGCAUGAGAGCAGGUGCAGAAAGGCCUGCCGGUUCAGAUAUGAGGCGCAGGAAUGAAGAGAACUCGGUUCGUGUCACUAAUCUUUCAGAAGACACCCGGGAGCCAGACUUACUGGAGCUGUUCCGCACAUUUGGCGCUGUGAGUCGUGUCUAUGUGGCUAUCGAUCAAAAGACUGGUGUGAGUAGAGGUUUUGGUUUUGUCAAUUUUGUAAACAAGGAAGAUGCUGAGAGGGCAAUCAAUAAGCUCAAUGGAUAUGGGUAUGACAAUCUCAUCCUGCGGGUAGAGUGGGCCACACCUAGAGCAACCUAGGAGAUUAUAAUCUCUACUUCAUUUGGCUGUCUGAAUUUUUUCUCAGAAUUGCAUUGCAUAGUCAGCUGAUAAGCAUAAGAUUUUGCUUCAGUUUUCCUGUUCCAGAACGUUUCUCUUCGAUAGCUUUACAAGGUUUAUCAUCAUUAUUGAUAUUUAGUAUUGGAGAACAAGAUCUGCACUAAUGUUAUUGACAGUAUUCGUCUUUUUUUAUAAUGAGGAGUUUGUUGCUGUUGAAUUAUGUAUACUGUGAGUUGCAUGUUACUGU